AUGGGGAUCCAGGGCAUGGAGCUGUGCGCUGUGGCCGUGGUCAUCCUCCUCUUCAUCGCCGUCCUCAAGCAGUUCGGCAUCCUCGAGCCCAUCUCCGUGGAAGACGGCAGCGGCUGCGGCGACGGCGAUUUGGAGCUUUCGGCCGUCCGACACCAGCCCGAGGGGCUGGAGGAGCUGCAGGCGCAGACCAAGUUCACCAAGAAGGAGCUGCAAUCGCUCUACCGAGGCUUCAAGACCGAAUGCCCCAGCGGCCUUGUAGAUGAGGAGACCUUCAAGCUCAUUUACUCGCAGUUCUUCCCCCAGGGCGACGCCACCACGUACGCUCACUUCUUGUUCAACGCCUUUGACGUGGACGGCAACGGGGCCAUCUGCUUUCAGGAUUUCGUUGUCGGCCUCUCCGUCUUGCUCCGCGGGACGGUGCACGAGAAGCUGAACUGGGCUUUCAACCUCUACGACAUUAACAGAGAUGGCUACAUCACGAAGGAGGAAAUGCUGGAGAUAGUGAAGUCCAUCUACGACAUGAUGGGCCGCUGCACCUACCCCAUCCUGAAGGACAACGCGCCCGCGGAGCACGUGGAGAAGUUCUUCCAGAAAAUGGACAGGAACCGGGACGGCAUGGUGACGUUCGAGGAGUUCCUGGAGACGUGCCAGAAGGACGAGAACAUCAUGAGCUCCAUGCAGAUCUUCGAGAACGCCAUCUAGCCGCCUGGGCCACUCCUUCGGCGGCCCGAACAAACUUUACUUUAUUUUAUUUUUAAAAACUACAAAACAAGAGGGUGAACGGACGCAGAAAGCCGAGGAUCGCUCUGGGCCGGGCCAGGCCGGGCCGGGCCGUGAGGGCUGCGCGACGC